UCAGUCGUUAGCCCAAUUUUACUCUCCUUCUGCUUUUAAUGGAGACACUAAUCAAAACAGUGCAGAAGAGCCCUGGUGUUGUUUUAUUCAGGUGCUACAGAUGACGUGGAACUGUGUUUUUACUCUUUAUUGUGAUUAUUUUUGUCCAUGAUGCCAUUUUCACAGAAAUAACUAUUUGACAUCAAGGGAUACAAGUCUAGUUCACACUAUCUUAGCAUAAUAUCUAUGACUAUGAAAACUAUAUAUGCAUUUCUGUAUUUUUUAUUCAAUCUCUUUAUUAUUUAAUAAUAAUGAAAACAACUUCGCAAAUCGGUCCAUGUCUCUGCUGACCCCCAGUCAUGUCGCUGCUGACUCCCAAUCACGCGGACGACGAGAAAAAGCCCUGUGGUCCAUGCAUUGCCGUAGAGUAGAUCAAUCUGAGAGCGAGAGAGGACGGAAAACUAAAGAGUGCGACUUAGAAAGCGAGGGAGAGGAGACAUUAACUUCACGUCGCUUUCGUUGAAGGAAAAGACGGGGGAAAGAGUGUCAAGUCGUAUUCAGGAACGCUUUCCCCAAAUACCGACGAAGGAAGACAUUCAACAAAUACAGCAGCUAUCAAUACGCAUUCUUUGAAUGUGUAACAUACAAGUAAUUUUAACGGAGCAAUGAACAUUUCUUGCUGAAGGAAGACAUCUAAGGACAUUGGGAACCAAAAAGGGAACGUUUUGCGACGUAAAAAACGAAGAUACAAUGAAGCUUUUUAAAAGGAAACAUUAGGAAAUACAUAAAAACCAACUGCUUUAACGUUUCCGGGACAGAAGAAGGAGGCGAGUUUAUGACUUAAUAAAGAGUGGAGAGAAAGAAAUAUCUACCGCCUGGAGUUGGCCAGUCAUCACAGUGAGCAAAGGGGAGGGUCAUGACCAAGUUGCCAUGCGUGUCGCCACGGUGACCAACAUUUGCAGCCCCUCCCCCCUCCUUCUUGUGCUAGUCCAGCUGCUCUUGCAGCUCCUCCCUCCUGGACCGGAGCUGGCUGUAGCCAGCUCUUCCUGUCCUGCUCCCUGCAGCUGUUCCAAUCAGGCCAGCCGAGUGAUCUGUACAAGGAGGAAUUUGGAGGAGGUGCCUGAAAGUAUAUCUGUCAACACGCGAUACCUCAACCUACAGGAGAACUCAAUACAGGUGAUAAAGUCUGACACGUUCAAGCACCUGCGGCAUCUGGAGAUUCUGCAGCUCUCUAAAAACCAGAUACGUCAAAUUGAGGUAGGGGCCUUCAAUGGCCUCCCUAACCUCAACACUCUUGAGCUGUUUGACAACCGCCUCACGCUAGUCCCCUCCCAGGCAUUUGAGUACCUCAGCAAGCUGAGGGAACUGUGGCUGCGGAAUAAUCCCAUUGAGACCCUGCCUGCGUAUGCGUUCCACCGCGUGCCCUCCUUGAGGCGGCUGGACUUAGGGGAACUGAAAAAGUUGGACUACAUCUCCGAAGCUGCCUUUGAGGGACUCAUCAACCUGCGUUACCUGAAUCUGGGCAUGUGUGGACUUAAGGACAUACCUAACCUCACACCAUUGGAGCGCCUUGAGGAGCUGGAGCUUUCGGGGAACCGGCUGGAAAUCAUCCGGCCAGGUUCCUUCCAAGGGCUCGUGUCACUGCGCAAGCUUUGGCUCAUGCACUCUCAAGUGUCGGUCAUCGAGCGGAAUGCCUUUGACGACCUCAAAAACCUCGAAGAGUUGAAUCUUUCUCACAAUUCUCUUCACUCUCUUCCCCAUGACCUCUUCACCCCACUUCACCAACUGGAACGGGUGCAUCUUAAUCACAACCCCUGGGUUUGCAACUGUGACGUUCUAUGGUUGAGCUGGUGGCUGAAGGAGACGGUACCCAGCAACACUACCUGUUGUGCCCGCUGUCAUGCUCCACCAGGGCUAAAGGGCAGGUAUAUUGGGGAGCUAGACCAAAGCCACUUCACCUGCUACGCCCCUGUUAUUGUUGAGCCCCCGACAGACCUGAAUGUCACUGAGGGGAUGGCAGCGGAGUUGAAGUGCAGAACCGGUACAUCCAUGACCUCAGUCAACUGGCUUACCCCCAACGGCACCCUCAUGACCCAUGGGUCUUACAGGGUUCGAAUCUCAGUGCUGCAUGAUGGCACAUUGAAUUUCACCAACGUCACAGUCCAAGAUACAGGCCAAUACACUUGCAUGGUGACCAACUCUGCGGGCAACACCACAGCAACAGCGGUGCUAAACGUGUCCGCCUCAGACGCCAGCAACAGUUACAGUUAUUUCACCACUGUCACAGUGGAAACGACGGAGAACGGUCAAGAGGAACAUUCCGCCCGCCAGUACAUCAACGAAACCUUUGUUGGAAUUCCUGGUCCCACAAUGCCAGGGGAAGUUUGGGGUAUGACCACAACCCUAUCCACCACCUCUUCUGUUUCGUCGCCCUCGAGGUCCUCAUCCCAAGCCACCGUGUCAACCGAAAAGGCUUUUACAGUGCCAAUAACUGAUGUCACUCAUAUAUCUGGUCUGGAUGAUGUGAUGAAGACCACAAAAAUCAUCAUCGGCUGUUUUGUUGCCAUUACGUUCAUGGCAGCGGUCAUGUUGGUCGUCUUCUACAAGCUGAGAAAGCAGCACCAGCUUCACAAACACCACGGGCCUGCACGGGCCAUUGAGAUUAUCAAUGUCGAGGAUGAAAUUGCAACCGGAGGAGGAAACGGAGUUGGUGCUGGCAGUGGGAUUUCCGGGGGCUCUACUGUACAUGGAGGUGGUGGAAGCAGUGGAGGAGGGCAGAGUUUAAGAUUGCACCAUCCAGAAAUUGUCAACCUUCCCAAUUUAGUGAGAGCAGAGCAUCUUAACCAUUACUACAAGGCACAUCAUUUUAACAAUAAUGUCAUGGGAAUGGGAAUUGGGACAGGGACUGGUGGCGGAGUUUCUGGGCCUGUGGGAAUUCUCAACAAUAAUAACAAUCCUCCGUCUCUUUCUUUGCCUUCUCAGACCCCAAUUUCCUGUACACAAGUCCCGAUCUCCUCAGCUAAUUUGCAGACCACAUCUGGGAGCAACAUUAACCCUAAUUCCAACACCAUAUCAUCCCCCCUCCCUCUGCCCCUCUCCCUUCCACCUUUGAGUUUACAUGCAUCUCUAAAGGGUUUAAUGGGUCAGAGCCAAAACCCGCAAAUUGAACCACUUCUGUUUAAGAAUAGCUCCAAGGAAAAUGUACAAGAGACUCAAAUAUGAGUAGUAUGUGCAGAAAGAGAGAAAGGAUUUUAAGGGCCGUGUUUGUUUUAAACCCUAGGUUGCAUUCUGAAAAACAGAAAGCACACACAAAUGAUUAGACAACAUUGUCAAUUACAUUUAAUUACAUGAUACUAAGAAUAAGACAGUUGUCAAGGGAAAAAAAACUACAAAGGGGAGUGAACAAAGGAUGCAGACAUUAAGUGGACAGUUCCAUACACAUUAAACUGUACCAAGCCAAGAAUUAUCACAGAUACACUUAAUGUAUUAAGUGUUUCUGUUUUGAUUAAUGGCAAUGGAAGUGAAGUGAAGUAUGUAAUGGGAACUGCUACAGCAAAAUCUGUGCCAAAGCAAAACCUUCCUUUCAUUAAUUUUGUAUGGAUAUCCAAACAUACAGAUUAUAGAUAUUGAUAUUAAGUUUACUCCACUGUGUUUUUGCCACAGUUAAGAUGUGCAGAGUACACAACAGUAGUACCAAUACAGUAUUUAUUUUCUUAACUGAUGCAGGAGCAAAUAAGAAUUUACAAAGCAAUUGAAGGUUACUUUUCUCAAGUGCAUAAUAGCAGGCCCUCUCCUGGGAUUUACACAGUGUAGGGUUUUGGGGUUACAUUUGUUGUAGGAUCCCAGCAUCUUAAAGGCUAUACAAACUGCGGGCCAGCAUCAUUAAGAGCCAUGGUUUGGCACUGCUAUACAGUGCAGGUAUUGUAUAAUCUAGAAAUCUUAUUGUACAGUGCAAAUAAAAACUGUGCAGUGAGACUAUAGAUAUCUUUCAUAUUUUUCGAGGGAAGAUUUGCUUCAAGUGUAACAUCUCCCUUUUUUUUUCAUGAAGGACAGAUGGAAAAAAUAAGCGAAACAGUAGAGGAUCUUAUGAAAAUACAUAAGAUGUAUAAUAUAUUUUAUUUGUAGGAAGAAUUUGAUAAUACAGUGCAAUCACUGAAUGAUGUUAGAUACACUAUGUUUAGUUAAUAUUAUUAUGGUCAUGAUGGACAGAAACAGAAUCUUGACAAAUUUCUCUUUAUUGUUGUUGUUGGGACAACAGAUGAGAGAUGGGGAAGUUGACUGGACCAUGGGGGGCAAAGGAAUCAUAUACAGGAAAAAGAAAAAAUAUUCAAGUUAUGUUGACUUUAAUACAGGGCAUUUGUUAACAGUGGUCAGUCAUUACCCAGUUCCCUAACAUAACAGCCAACAGUAUUUAUAUUUGGGGCCAUUGCAUUGGAGUUGGCAGUGUGAACAUGCUGCUUAGUUGUUCUCCUCUGAAUUCUACAAGUUUUAAAGUAGCCAUCUACCUAUAUACAAUUUGUGCAUUUGUAAUAAUAAUAAUAAUAAUAAUAAUAAUAAUUGUCAUCAUCAUCGGCAAUGCUUUUUAUUAUUGUCUUUGUGACAUACUAAUAUGUUUGACUUGCCACUCCCUUGAGCUUGUAUGUGCAUGUCAUUACAAGCUAUCCAUUGUGGACCUGCUGGAGCUCAUAUUUUACAAUUGAUUUAAAUAAUUACACUUGCAGUAAUUCUGUGAGAAUCGCAGAUAAACUUACAUGAAGUGCAGUGAGUAUAUUUAAAUCAUCCUAUGCAUCAAUAGCUUGACAGUAACUACACAGUUGCUUUCAUGUCACCAGUAUCCAUUAGAUGGUCCAUGGGUUUUGUUUUAUUUUUUUAAUAAAACAUUCUGUGUUAACCAUCCAACUAACAUUAUAUAUUUUUAAAAGCAAAAAAUUAUAUUUGUACCUUAAAUGAUUGGUCUGUACAUUUUCUCAGAUCAUAAAAGUCUGAUGUUAGGUUCACAUUUGCAUUUUAUUUCAAACAAUGAUGCAAAUAUUAUUAUUUUUUGCUUCAUGUACUUAUAUUGUGCAAUAUGCUUAUGUAUUGUCUAUGUUGCAAUUAUGAUUGUAUAUUAAUAUGUUUAGCUUUGGUUAUGAAUAAUAAUAUCCACAGCAGUUCUGUGCAUUAUUUUCCAUCUGACAGACACUUUGAGCCUCUACUUGAGCCGGUUAUAAGGGCUACCUCUCUCACCACCUAUUCCAUUAAAACUUUGUUUGAUUAAUAUAUCCACUAAUUAGCUAACCAUUAUGAAAUUCAGGAGAUAUACUUCAUUUUGUGAAAACCUGUUUUCAUAUUAAUUCUCUAUUGAUUCUUUAGUAUUUUGCUUCUGUCUGCAACAAAUUACAAAGAACAGUGCAUCAACACUGCAUAUACGUACACAGGCCUAUUUCCCCCCGAAAGCCUUUUGUGAACUUCGUUUAGUAGCUGGAACUCUUAUAUACCAUCACCGACAUCACUGAUCCACACAUUACACAUGCAGAUUGAAAACAGUCUGCAUUAUUAUUAUUAUUAUUAUUAUUAUUAUUAUUAUUACUAUUAUUAUUAUAAUUAUUAUUAUUAUUAUUAUAUAAAAUGCCCUAAACUAACUUUUGUAGUUGAAUAAGGUGGAAAUGUGUGUUUAAAUGAAUAUUAAGACAAAACACAGCAGAAAUGGCAUAACAUCUGAUGUGUCAUAUAUGUCAACAACAGAAAAGUGAAAAAAAAAACAAGAUUGACAGAAGCUACAAUGAAAGCAAGAAGAAUCAUCAAACGGAGGAAAAGGUCCUUGUAUUGACAGGAAGGAAAUGGAGCGUGCUAUCAAAACGGACACCCCCUCCUUGUACGUCCCUCCCCUGUUUUGUACGACACAGAACUCAGCCUGUCAAGACACUUUUCCUGCUUGUUUAAAACAAAAUAAACUUGAUGGAUUAUA